AUAGUUGCUUAAAAAAAAUUGAUAUUCGUGAUCAUAGAACUCCUCAAAGGAAGAGUUAAUUAGAUUCAGCACAAAACUAAACUACUUUUAUUAACAGUAACAAAAGAAAUCAGAUUGAAGCAGGAAAAUAGUUUAAUUAACAAAAAUAGAUUAAUAUUAGGUUAUAAGAGAAAGAGUUAAUGAAUAAUCAAGAGUACUAUAAAGAACUCUAUGCUCUAAGUGAAUAUCUUGAAGAAAGCGAGAUAACUUAUAGAAAUAAAAAAAAUAUUUAAAAGACCAAACAAAUUUUAGGAAAAAGACUUAGAUGAGAUAAAAAACAAAUAGUUUAUCAUAAUUGAUUAAUUUAUGAGGCAUUAACGAGAGAAAUGGUCUGUUG